AUGAUACGAAUUGGCUCGCCAGCUCGGCAGGCUGGAGGGAGCUGGGCUCUAGGACAGAGCGGGCCUCGGUUGCUGGGGCGACCGGGCGACCUCUCACCCGGAAGCAAAAGUGCAAGAAGCCAAUCAGAAGACACCUGGGCGGGGCAGCUGCUGCGGGUGAGGUCCAAGAGGGAAGCCGAACCCAGCCGGGACCCCGACCCUGGGUGCCGCCUCCUGAGCUCCGCAGCCUGCAACGCUACGAGCCAGGUACGGCCUGACGUGGCCUGUGCGAGGCCGCGCGGGUUCGGGGUUGCCAGGCCCGCCUGCUGCCUCCCCUCUCUAGUGAUCACAUCCGAGGACCAUGCAGCCCCUAUGGCCCUGCCUGUCAGCCCAGGGCCAAUGAACCAGGACCUGCAGAAUCCUGGGGAACCCCGGGAUCUGCAGUCGAGGUCGUCCACACCCGAGGCUCCGAGCAAGGUUGAAAAGGAGGGGCGCCAGCCCCAUUUCCUGUCUGUGGCUCUGUGGCGACCCGAGGGGCUGUUUGGGGAGAGGGUUGGAGAAGAUGGAUGUUGAAGAAAGGAACCUUGCAUG